GGUCUGGGUGCCCUGAGAAGCUGCUUACAGCCCCAAGUAAAAAUGCCAUAUAUGAAGAAGACUUCUGGAAAAAGAGGUCCGGCAAAGAGGAAACUUGCUGAAGAGUUUCCUGUAGGAGAGAUUCUAGCAGAUACAAGCAAAAAAGAAUGGAAAUUAGGUGUCCCUAUAGGACAAGGAGGCUUUGGACGCCUCUAUCUUGCUGAUGUUAAUUCUUCAAAGUCGGUUGGCAGUGAUGCACCUUAUGUUGUAAAAGUGGAACCCAGCCAGAACGGACCUCUUUUUACUGAGUUAAAGUUCUACAUGAGAGCUGCUAAGCCAGAUGAAAUUCAGAAGUGGACUAAGUCCCAUAAACUGAAAUAUUUAGGAGUCCCAAGAUACUGGGGUUCUGGCUUACAUGAAAAAAGUGGAAACAGUUAUCGGUUUAUGAUAAUGGACAGGUUUGGGAGAGAUCUUCAGAAGAUAUAUGAAGAGAAUGCAAAGCGAUUUACCCACAAAACUGUAUUACAAUUAGGCCUGAGAAUACUUGAUAUUCUGGAAUAUAUCCAUGAACAUGAAUAUGUGCAUGGAGACAUCAAGGCGUCAAAUCUUCUUUUGAGUUACAAGAACCCUAAUCAGGUAUACCUGGUGGAUUAUGGGCUUGCUUACCGGUACUGUCCAGAAGGGGUUCACAAAGCUUAUAAAGAAGAUCCUAAGAGGUGUCAUGAUGGGACUAUUGAAUAUACCAGUAUUGAUGCACACAAGGGUGUGGCUCCCUCGAGACGUGGUGAUCUGGAGAUCUUAGGUUACUGUCUGAUUCAUUGGCUUAGUGGCCAUCUACCAUGGGAGGAUAAUUUGAAAGAUCCAAACUUUGUCAGAGACUCAAAAAUCAGAUUUAGAGAUAAUAUUUCAGAUUUGAUGGACAAAUGUUUUCCAGGGAAAAAUAAACCAGAUGAAAUAGCCAAAUAUAUGGAAAAGGUGAAACUGUUGAGCUAUGACGAGAAGCCUGUAUAUCAACAUUUUCGAGAAAUACUUCUGCAAGGCUUCAAGACCAUUGGACAAAAAGAUGAUGGAGUUUUAGACUUUGGCCUGUUAGAGAAUGGAGACUUGCAAACCAAGCCCUUACAAAAGAAAAAAAGGAAGACAGCAGCUGCAACCGAUGAGAGCACUGAAGCAGAAGUGGAAGAGGUAGAAAGUCCACAGAAAAAGAAGCGUACUUCUAGUAAGUCAGAAGGCCAUCCUCACACCAAGUGUCCUGUUUAUCUUCAGCAGUUAAAAUGCUUUUGUCUUUAA